CUGGCCCCUCCUGAAGAGCUUGACAGGUGGGGGUUGGUCGGGACAUUGAGAUUUGUAACAGCAGCCUCCCUACUCCCCAGUAAACGGGGAUCGUAAGGCACAGCCGAGGCUGAGACUGCUGUGGGGUAGUCUAGGCCGCCUGCUGGAAUGUCGGUCGGUGCUGCAUUGAGCUGUCUUUCAAGUGGUUGCGUGGGAGACCUGCACUUGCUGUGUGCUACCUUGACUGAGGACUUUUGAGGAAAUUCUGUUUGACAAUUACUUUAAGGUCCAGCGUGACACCCUCCCUCAGACUCAGUCUCUAGUGACUUUCUGAUGGGAGCGCCUCUGCUUCAUCGAGGAUUGGAGGCACUUAGUGCUCAACAAAUUUAGGUCGCUUUUUUUCCUCCACAGUUUUGUUACCUCCCUGAUUUGCCAGGCUUGGCUUUGAGUGAAUUUUGGCUUUUUUGGGGUUGUGGGGGGCUCUCUGAUUCAUUCAGCAGAUCUUCACUGAGUGGCAGAUGUGUGCAAAGUGCUUGGGAUGCCAAAGACAAGUGUGUUGUCUGUAUUUAGUGUUGGGACAGACAGUGAUUGAGACAACAGAUUUAAUCUUCACUGAUGACAGUGACGAUGCCACAAAAGACGUGGGCGCUGACAGAGGGUGGCUGCUGGUGUAGGCAGGAUGGUUAGGGACCUCCUUUCUCAGAACUGACCGGGAAGGGAUGGUGGGGACCAGGCCAUUUGGGGCCUCACAGAUCAGGGCUGAUGAGUUUGGCUCCAUUUAUGCUUGACUCAGUUUAUUUGAGGGUGGGAGCACUCCUGUUUCUCAGAAUUCCCUGUGCCUAACCCCAGGCGUGGCAGAUAAUACUCGCUCAGUAAAUGUUUAUUGAACAAAUAAUUGAUUGAGAGUGAUGGAACACAUGCAACUGUGGGGCUGGGAGCAGGAGCGCGAGGCCUGUCUCUGAAUGCAGCCUGGACAGCGUGCCCUUCUCAUCCGCCAGGUGAGACCAGCAGGAAAAAGCCAUCUCAGCAGUGGUUGGUGGUUGUAUUUAUGGUUAAAUUUUAUUUUGAGAUGCUCGUAGUCUCACAUGCAGUUGUAAGAAUACUGAGGGAUCCUGUGUCCCCUUCUCCCAGCCGCCCCCUGGGUAACAUCUGGUGAAAUUCAACGCACUCUCAGCACCAGGAUCGGGGCACUGAUACUGCCAGGACACAGAACAUCAGGACGGCUCCGUCCCCGUGCAAAUCCGUCAUGUCGGCCUUUUAUAGUCCCACACACACCGCUAAUCUGUUCUCUGUUUUUGUGAUUUUGUAUUUCAAGGGUGUUGUGUGCAUGGGGUCGUGGAGUGAGUGGCCCUUUGGGGUUAGCUGUUUUCAUUCAGUGUGAUUCCCUAGAGCGUUCUCAGUCCCGCCAGUCAAGUUUCUUCCUUUUGCUGCUGAGUGGUAUGUUGUGGCCUGGCUGGCCUGCAGCUUGUUUAACCAUUCACCUGUUAAAAGACACCUGGGCUGCGUCUCGAUUUUAGUUGUUACAAAUAAACGUUGCUCUCAACAGUCCUGGGCAGGUUUUUGUUGAAUGUAAGUUUUCAUUUCUCUGAUAUAAAUGCCCAAGAGUACAAUUUCUGGGUCAUAGGGUAGUUACAUAUUCAGCUUUAUUAAAAAGUGCCUGUUUUCCAGAGUGGCCAUACAGCGGUUUUUGUUUGUUCUUUUAAAUGGCUUAACAAUGGAAGGAAAGGCGCUUCUGCAGGGCCUGGCAUAGAAAGCCCAUGGAGAGCUGCCCUGUGGGUGGGGAAGCGGGUGACGGGAGCCCCACUGCUUCUCAGAAACCCGAGUGACACUGCGUCUUUCCAGUCCCAAGAUUCUCCUUUUUUGCUAAAGGCAUCAGAAGAGAUGAAAGCAUUUCUACUACCCACAUUUCGGGGACACUCCUAGCUUUUACUUUAGAGUUGGGAGAGAGGCUUGGUUUUCAUUGUCAUUUAAAUCCUGUCGGGUUUUCAGCAGAGCCUGAUCUUUAGUGCCCUGGGUGCAGCUAUCGGUCUGGAGAUGCAGAUCACUGUCUGUUGAAAAGAGCCCUCCUGCUGGGGUUAGGGAUCUCCUGAUUGAGGCAUGGAUCCAAGGGCUUCUUUCUUUGUUUCUCUGAUUCCCUGAGCCUCUUCCUUGUGUGUGUGGUGCAUGUGCACUUGUGUGAGCGCACCAGGAACCAUGACAGCAAUCAACGAGUAUGACUGGGGGUGGGGAGCAGAGGCAGCAUGGCCAGGAAUCUGUACUCGAGCUACCAAGAGGAAGGAAGUCGCAGCAAAAAUAGCCUGGGUGGGGUGGUAGAAAAUAUUAAGGGGAAAAUGAGAUGACUGGGGUGGGGUUGAAGAAGAGCUGCUUAAAGAGAAACAGGGACACACACUGGACACAGAAUGUUCAGCUUAACAAAGAAAUGACACUUGCCAGCAACCGGAGCCUAGCAGAAGGAAACCUUCGGUACCAGCCCCAGCUGGACACGUUGAAGGCACGCUUGACCCAGAAAUACCAGGAACUCCAGGUUCUCUUUGAAGCCUAUCAGAUAAAGAAGACCAAAUUAGACAGACAGUCUAGCAGCGCUUCCUUGGAGACCCUGUUAGCACUUCUUCAGGCAGAAGGGGCCAAGAUUGAGGAAGACACUGAGAACAUGGCAGAGAAGUUUCUGGAUGGAGAACUUCCUCUGGAUUCCUUCAUUGACGUCUAUCAGAGCAAACGGAAACUGGCCCACAUGCGACGGGUGAAAAUCGAGAAGCUCCAGGAGAUGGUGCUAAAGGGGCAGAGACUCCCGCAGGCCCUGGCCCCGCUGCCGCCCAGGCUGCCCGAACUGGCACCUACUGCCCCCCUUCCCUACCCUGCCCCAGAGGCCAGUGGGCCCCCCGCCGUUGCACCUCGGCGCAUCCCCCCCCCACCACCCCCGGUGCCUGCAGGACGCUUAGCCACCCCGUUUACUGCGGCCAUGAGCUCGGGACAGGCCGUGCCGUACCCAGGAUUACAGUGCCCGCCCCUGCCCCCCCGCGUGGGCCUCCCCACUCAGCAAGGAUUCUCUUCGCAGUUCGUGUCCCCAUAUCCGCCACCUCUCCCCCAGAGACCCCCGCCUCGGCUUCCUCCACACCAGCCGGGUUUCAUCCUCCAGUGAGCGCCGGCGCGGUCCUUCCCGGGAGACUUCUUCCGCCUGGCGUGUUGUGCUCUGCUCACGGGAAGGAGGCUGGAGGUCCGCUCUGUGCCAAGGGCUCUGGGGCCCUGGGCCAGCGUGUCCGUCUGAUUUUAGAACUGUAGGUCAGUGGUGAGUAGUAGGAGCCCAGGCUUUGGGCAACAAGGCAGUUGUGUGUGCCGGGUUGCAGCCUGACACCUGUGCGUUGCAUCGGUUUGCAUUCUCCGUGUGAUUUCUAAGUAUCUUAGCGUUGAUGAACUCAUGUUUGGGAAGAAAUAGGCCUCUCCCCCAGUCCCACUUAGAAUCGUGGUCCUUCCAUUGCAGUUUUAUUUAAUGAGCAUGGUUCAUGAUACUUAUUUUAUUUUCGAAAGACAGUCCUAUGUGUCUCACCCACCGGCCACUGCAGCCCUGGUGAGGGCGGGUUGGCGCUGGCCGGCCUGGAAGAGCGCCGUGGCCGGGCUGCCACCUGCGGCUGCGUUGUUGCUCACAGAAUCUGUUGGGGAGAGGUCACCAUAGUCACCACCUGACCUGGCUGCUGCUCUUGCUUCAGAGCCACAAGCAAAGUUUGCACUGGGCCCACCGCCGAGUCCAGAGGCCGGAGAACGGCCACCGGUGUGGGAGGGGAGCGCACGAGUGGGACUUUGCACAGCAAAUUGUGUCCCCCAGCUCCUCCUCUCCCUCCUGCCUGGAGCCGGCCCUGAAGGUUUCUAUGAAGAAAUAAUCCCCCAAUAUUUUUACUACGUGUGUGAUUUUCCUGUUUUAUAUUGAAAAAACUUUUUUGACACUCCCAAGACCAUUCAGGGAAAUUUUAUAAAAAAUGCAGAUACUGUCUUGAGCAGAUUGAAAUGCCGAUGAAGUGGAUGCAAUUUCCUUUUGUGCAAGCAGUGCACGGUGCCCCCCUCGGGUGUCCGUGCUGUGCCUUAGCUUCCCCAGGUGCCAGGACUCACACCUGCUAGGGGCUGGGUAAGGCCCCGGCUCUGCUUUCUCUGAAGGGCUUGUCCAAGUUCAUUGCCCUGUUACAGGUGGUCAAGACGUCCGGCCACCUUGACCCAGGCUACCCUUAGCCAAUAUCCUCUGCCCCUGACUGGCUGGUGGCUGGGCCUCAGGGUGGGAAGCGUUAGGGGUUUGGCGAAAGCCCACCCCAUGGGAUUGAGGGACGGGGCUGCACUCCGACCAUCUGCACCUGCUCUUCCCCCCACCCCUGUGGGACCUCAUCUUCACGUGCCAUGUGUGCUGAAGGCCCAGGGCCCAGCAGGGGACAGUGGCACCUGUUGACCGAAAAGGCCGAGGUGCUUACCAGUGGACCUUCUGGCCUGCCACUCCCCUGUCACUUGUCAGGCAUCCAGGGCCCUGACCUGUGCCUAGCCGCCAGGGUGACAGAAGGCAGAACUGAAGCGGGGUCUGUCCCACUGGGCCACCGGCCAGGCCACUGCCUUUUGUCCUCAGUGACCGUACAUUCCUGCUCUCGGACUUGAACUCUACUGUAACUGUUUUCUUAAAGGAAAUGAAGCUGUACAGGACGAUUCACUGCCAUGCCAGUCAGGCAGGCUUGCCAUGUUCUGUGAUUCUCGAGUGAGCGGUGCCACCCGUCCCCAUACCUCUGCCACCGGCCGCUGUCGGGGAUGCCACAGCCUGGCCACGGUCGCAGCCAAACGUGAGCUUGGCAUCGAAGUUGCAAAGCGGCCCCUGGCCAGGCUCGCCAUCUCUGUUCAGGGCCGUGUCCGGUGCUGUGGCUGUAAAGCUGUAGGACCCUUUUUAAUAAAUAGAGAAUUAUUAGUAA